CAACCCCUCUCUUCUUCUAUCCCUUCCCUACCUCUUCCUUUUCCUCUUCUGUUGUGUCUUUACAUCCUCCUCUUCUCGAUCCUGAAUAUUGCUAUAUUUCUACUUGGAAGAUCUUCUGUUGUUACUGUUAAUACAUACUGCUAAUAAUUAAUUUAGUUGGCUUGUAAGUGUAGACACCAUGUCCGCUGCGGUCGCUGCAGCGGCAGCAGCUGCAAACUCUGGGAGUAGAUGCAACUCAGCUAACAGUAGCAGCUCCGGCAACGAAAACAGCUUACUCAGCCGGCAAAUAGCGGUGACACAACCGCUGCAACCGCCGAGCCGGUAUGAGUCGCAGAAGAGGCGCGACUGGAACACCUUCGGGCAGUACUUGAGGAACCACCGGCCGCCUCUGGCUCUCAACCGCUGCAGCGGCGCCAACGUCCUGGAGUUUCUCCGGUACCUCGAUCAGUUCGGGAAGACGAAGGUGCACACCCAGAUGUGCCCCUUCUUCGGCCACCCACACCCGCCGGCUCCGUGCCCGUGCCCGCUCCGGCAGGCCUGGGGAAGCCUGGAUGCACUCAUCGGCCGCCUCCGGGCAGCCUUCGAGGAGAACGGGGGCCCGCCGGAGACCAACCCGUUCGGCGCACGCGCUGUGAGGCUGUAUCUUCGGGAGGUUCGUGAUGCUCAGGCCAAGGCGAGAGGCAUAGCGUAUGAGAAGAAGAAGCGGAAGCGGCCACAGCAACAUCAAGAGUCUUCUUCAGGCACUGAUCUGAAUUCGAGCCAACCCAAUGGAGGUUUGGUUAUGGUGGAUUCAUCCGAUCAUGGUCGGCCGUCAAUGAUUCCCCUUUCGGUUUUGAACUAGCUGCUGAUAAUGUAAAGCAAAGCUAGGGUUUUCUGGGUUCUACUGUUUACGAUCUUUUAAUCAAAUGUAUAUGGCUUAUGAUCGGAAGGGAACUUUCUAAUAGCCUUUAUUUUGGUUAUUUAAUCAGGCAACUUUCUCUUAUUUUCCUUC